GAAAGCUCAACACCAAACUCGGUGAAGAUUGACUUGAUCAAACUGCUGCAUCUGAUCAUCGAGACACAUGCAUACGAGAGUUACAAAGAACUCGCAGAUACUCUCAAUGAGAUCACGCAAACUGCGAUCUCAGACCCUUUUUAUCGUGUAUGCUACGAAGGCAUGGACCUGGCACAAAUCCUCGUUCAACGAAAACCAUUAGAUCAGAUUCCUUCCAUGGUGACUCUGUUCCCGGUCCUCCUGAAUGAGCUUAAAAUGGACAAAUGCGACCUUGAGCUUAAGGAGAAGGCAAUGGAUGCUGUCUCGAACUUUAUUGAACAAUUGGGGCAGGAUUUGUCACCCGAUUGCCUCCAAGAGACGCUGAAUCAGUUCACCAACUAUUUGGACAGCGAGACGACCCGAAUUUCUGCCAUUCGUUCACUUUCCGUCAUCUAUGCUUAUGGAGUGACUUUAAAGAAAGCGGUUCUUAUCUAG